AUGAACACUAUGAAUCAAUCGAAUGAUUUGGCUUUAGCACAUUCGUUUUCCCGACGACAGAUGACAAUGAUGAAUUCUCAUUUGGAUUCAUCAACUAUAUGUGAAUCUUCCAAGCAAACGCCUACUAAUAGAAUCAAUCCACGUUGUGAACAUUGUGGAAAGUAUUAUUGUCAAAUUGAUUUCAUUUUUUCAUGGAUAUCACGUUAUGGUCAUUCGAAAGAUCAACAAUAUGCCAUUGAUCAGCGUAUACAAGAGAUUAUUUCAAAACGUUUACCAUCGACAGAUGCUCGAAAUAUGUGUGAACAACGCUUACUCGACUGGUACAAUUCCAAGCAGAGAAAAUCAGACGAACGAACAGUGACGUUCUCUCCAUCGAUAGAAUCAAGCAAUUCUCCGUCUGUAUUGUUCCGAGCAGAUUCACCAGUCAGAAAACCUCACUAUGACGUCACUGAAUACGAUCAAUAUCUUCUUUCACAAGCCGGUGCUUUUCUACCUGAUGAACCACUUCUUUCAGAGGCUGUUUGCCAACGUCUAACAAUAUCAACUCCAACACAAACAUUUCAAACACAAAAUCGUGCUGGCCUAUAUCAACUGUGCUCUAACGGUCGAUAUAUCAUAGCGGAUGAUUGGUGUCAAACAUACAAAGGUCAUCGUUUAGCACAGUCGAUGCGUUGUUUAACAAUUUACAAUCAAUACGAGGAACAAUGUGUAUUAAUGUUACAUGAAUUCAAAAUUAUGUCACAAGUCGAUACUGUUCAAAGUAUGACUUGGCAUGAACAAUUACAAGUCUUUCUUUUUAUCACAAAUCAACGUGUCUAUCAAUGUGAACCAGAAAGUGGUGCAAUUAAUCCAAUCAGUGAAUAUGAAAUACCAUCGUCCAGACAUAGUUUAGCUCAUAUUGCUUGUGAUCAACGAUCAUACGUUUUCCUUGCCUAUGAAUAUCCUGCACCAAGUCUCGAUCUAUGGUUUAUAUCAACUAUGGCAACAUGGUCGCUUAUGAAACGAUGGACACCGAGAGAAUUAUUUCCACCACCGAGAUACAAUGAUGACGAUGAAGAAGCAGAAGAAGAUGAUGAUGAUGAUAUAGAUGAAAAGAAAUGCGAACAAGAAUCGGGCAUAUGUGGUAUCGCUUCGAUGCGUUAUGCAAAUGGAAUUUUACAUUUCCUCGCUCGUCAUGAACGUCAUUGGUCUCUUCAUUUAUUUACCGUAGUUAUCAAUGAAAAACAACAAAAACUCAUACCUCAACGUCGUAUUGAUAUCGAUCUAACACAUCUUCGCUUUGCUGGAGAAAAUUUCCAAAUGGAAGUUUUACCCGGCGAACAAGGUUGGUUAUUUGCUAUUCGACGUCCUUAUCUUAUUCAUUUACAUUAUAACGAGUUCAUUGUAGUUCAAAAAUUGUCAUUACCUACGGCGAAACGUUGUGCGGAUUCGAUUUAUAACGUUUGUAUUAUGGAUGAACGUGGGAAACGACGUGAAAACGGAAAACACUUAGUCGUACGUGAUGUAAACUCGAUUCGAUUCUACAAACUCUAG